AUGGCCCAAUUACAAGUGACAAUUAUCGAAGGAAAAAACUUGAAAAAGAAAGAUUUAUGGAGUGAAAGUGACCCAUUUGUUACAAUUUAUUUCGAUGACAAAGAACAAAUACAAAAAACAAAAGUCAUAAGGAAUAAUAAAAAUCCUAUGUGGAAUCAAGUAUUUUUCUUCAAUCAUUUGAAAGGUCAAAAUAUUCUUCAUGUCGACGUCUAUGAUAAAGAUCGAAUUAGAAACGAUAUAAUCGGUUCUAUACAAAUUAAUUUGGAAGAUUUAUAUGACACAGGUCAUAGUGAUACUUGGUAUGAUCUUCCAUCGAAAUCUGGUAAACCAUCUCAUGGUGAAAUCCAUCUUAUACUCGAUUAUGAAUCGCUGAAGUUUUAA